AUGUUAACACAAAGGGUGUGCCGCAUACUUAACGCUAAUGUCACCGUUAGGAAUCUGUCGAUAGUUCAGGCGUCUUCCGUGUCGUCAGAGAAGCGAAAAGACUCAGAACAGCCGAAACUUCUCUCCAGCAUAGAUGACAUUGGAGUCAAUCAAGCGUCCAAGCCAGUUUUUCAAGUAAUAGGUUCGCCAGCUACAGUUCUCAAUGUCAGUAUCCCCCCCUCGUAUCCACUCUAUGUGAGUAAGGGAUCAAUUAUAUCACUCAAUUCAAAGGACAAACACAGUGUACUGGACUCUUUGGUUAGUCAAACUCGGUUGAUAAAUCCCAUUAAGAGAACUCUUUUUGGGUUGAUCAACUUCAGAUAUGAAAAGAUUUUUAGCACUAUCCCAUUUAAUGCCCUAGUAAGCAGCUCCGUUUCUACAUUCAGUUGGGGUUCGUCCAGCAAAAUAGUGAGACAAAGAUCUUUUGUCAGUCUAGACUUGGAUGGUAGAUUGGAUUGGGCUGUGUUUCCACCUAAAGCAGUGCAAGCCUAUGCUGGUGACAAUUUGACUAUAACGAAUCCAUUUUUACCCAAGUCAUUAACAAAGUUUCCCAGGGUAUAUACGUUGAUUUCUGGUAGAGGUCUGUUAUCUUUGACAGGCGAAGGCCAGAUCUAUAAAAUUACACUUGGUAAUGAGACUAUUCUUAUUAGAAAAGAAAACUUACUCGCCAUUAGCGUAAACGGGAAUUCGGAAAUACCGCAAUCUUUGAAAAAUGUAAACUUGAAUAAGGAGUUAAAAGAAGGCUCCAGAGAACAAAUUUCAAGUCGGCCGGUUUUAAAAUACUUCAGUCAAGCAAAAGACGUUAUUACGUCAAGUUAUAGAUAUUUGACUGGAAACAACCAGUAUAUAAAAGUUCAUGGGCCUAGAACGCUGUUGCUGAGCACAAAUUCUCAGUUGGAAUCAUUUCAUUACAAAAACGGGCAGGGAAGUGAAAAUUAUUUCAGUCUUGCCAAAUCUAUUGGCUUUGCUAAUCCGGAACCACAGCCAAAGGACUAUCUAAAAGUUGUUACAAUUGAGAAAGGGGAAAUCAAGGGGUAUGAGUCAAAAAAUAGCUUUUUAGAAGAGCAAAAACAGCAAGCUCAAUAA